UAAUCGGAGAGCGCCAUUGACGAUCGGGAGAGGGCGCGCGAGCUGCAACAACACGAUAUGUACAUAAAGAAGGUGGUUCUAGAAGGUUUCAAGUCGUACGCGCAGCGGACAGAGAUCGAUGGGUUCGAUCCACUCUUCAACGCCAUUACUGGGCUGAACGGCAGCGGGAAGAGCAACAUCUUGGACGCCAUUUGUUUCUUGCUAGGCAUCACCAACCUCUCCCAGGUGCGGGCAGGGAACCUCCAGGACCUGGUGUACAAGGGAGGUCAGGCUGGGGUCACGCGGGCCACUGUCACCAUCACAUUCGACAACUCUGACAGUCGACAGAGUCCUCUCGGAUACGAGACCUAUGAGGAGAUUACCGUGUCAAGACAGGUGGUGAUUGGAGGUAGGAACAAGUACCUUGUCAAUGGCAGUAAUGCCACACCCUCCAGAGUCCAGGACCUCUUCAGAUCAGUUCAGCUCAACGUGAACAAUCCUCACUUUCUCAUCAUGCAGGGCCGGGUGACAAAGGUUCUCAACAUGAAGCCAAUUGAGAUCCUGUCCAUGAUAGAGGAGGCAGCAGGCACACGUCUCUACGAGAGCAAGAAGGUCUCUGCUCAGAAGACCAUAGUCAAGAAAGAGAGCAAACUGCAGGAAAUUCAGACGAUCCUGGAUGAAGAGAUCACCCCAACUAUCAGGAAACUAAAGGAGGAGAGGUCUUCCUAUCUGGAGUUCCAGAAGGUGACUAGGGAGCUGGAACAUCUGAACCAACUCACCAUUGCCUGGCAGUACUGGCAGGCUGAGCAAACCAGGAAGCACUCAGCGAGUGAUCUGGAGGACAUGAAGAAAGAAAUUGAGGAACUGCAGCAGAAGAUUAAAGAGACCGAGGAAGACAUAGAAAGACUCAGGACUGCAGCUCAGGAACUGGAGAAGAGGAGGAAAGUGGAGAGUCAAGGACCCAUAGUACAGUUGGAGAAAGAGGUGGACGGACUAGCAAAGUCUUGUGCAGUGGCAGAGGCAACUCUCCAGGCCAGCAGAGACGAGCUGGCACGGGAAGAGAAGAACCUCUCCGACAUGAAGAAGACUUUCGAAGAGGACAGCUCUCUGCUGGCCAGUAAACGGACGGAGCUGGAGCUGGCAGAGAAGGAGUGCGCUGCUCUGCAAGAGAGGAGCAGAGAGGCAGAGGAGGCUGUGAAGAAGUCACGGGCCCACUUCCAGGCGGUCACAGCCGGUCUCUCUAGCGGGUCGGACGGACAAGACGAUACCCUCGCUGCCCAGAAGAUCGCGUGUGAGAAUGAGAUUAGUACUGCUGUGACUGCAACGAAGCAGGCAGAAAUGAGGUAAAAUGCAAGCCAUGGUACACCGUAACCUCUCCGUUUCUAUUAAAGAAGCUCUUAAUUUCAUGGCGUACUAAUUGAGGCAGCAUACAUGCUUGUGGUGAGGUUGUCUCCAAAGUAGGUAUAUAGGUAACCAUAUGUAACUGGGGUAUAUAUCUGUGUGAAGAGCUUUUCUAUCUAAAACGUGUUGCGGUAGAGAGUGCGUAUGUAUGCUCCACAGACUGCAGAGUGCAGAGGACGAAUUGAGAGAGAUGGAGGGAGGAGUCACUGAAGAAGCCGCCUCCUACUCUCAGCGACCGAUCCUCUCUCGAUGCCCUCCAGAAGACCAUCGAGAAACUGGAGGUUUCCAUGAAGAAGUUGAACUAUGGUGAAGGACAGGAGAAAGAGCUUGUCACCAGAAGGGAUAAGUUGAUGGGAGAGAUGUCGUCACUGAAAGAGAAGAUUCGUCAGCUGGAGUCAAAGUUUCCUCAGGUCCAGUUUGAGUACAACGAUCCCUCGGCCAACUUUGACAGGAGGAGGGUGAGAGGACCAGUGGUGAGGCUGAUGACAGUCAGGGAGAGGGAGGCUGCCACUGCACUGGAGGUCACCGCUGGAGGCAGGCUGUACAACGUGGUGGUGGACACAGAGGAGACGGGCAAGCAGCUGCUCCAGAAGGGAGGACUCAGACGUCGCUACACCAUCAUCCCUCUCAACAAGAUCUCCUCCCACUCCAUCCCUGACAACACCACCAGGAAGGCCCAGAGCCUCGUGGGAGGAGGGGACAAGGUGAGGCCGGCCCUGAGUCUUGUGGGGUACGAGGAGGACCUGAGGCCUGCAAUGGCCUUCGUCUUUGGCUCCACCUUCGUCUGCGACACUCUCAAGAUUGCCAAACAGGUGACCUUUGACAAAGAGGUGAUGACCCGCUCAGUGUCCUUGGCGGGAGAUGUGUUUGAUCCAGCUGGAACACUCACUGGAGGAGCGCGGGCGUCCUCCUCCUCCAUCCUCCUCCACCUGGACCAGCUGUGGAGUCUGGAACAGCAGUUGAGAGAGAAGGAAGCAGAACUCGCCAACGUAUCCACCCAACUCGCCUCUCUGGAACAACUGGCUGCAAAGUACCAUGAACUGAAAGAGGAGAGAGAGGAGAAGGCCCACGAGGCUGAGGUGGUGAGAGUGAGGCUGGAGCAGAGCAGCCAUCACAGACAGAUGGAGCACCUCAGACAACUCAAGGAGAACAUCACGCAACUGAAGGAAACAGUGAAGGAGGCCAAAGUUUCUGAGAAGAAGGCACGCAAGAGGUUGGACGAUAUCCAAAGAAAGAUGAAGGAGUUCAGCAGUCACAGAGAUGCAGAGCUGAAAGCGGCGGAGGAAGAGAUGGCGAGAGUAAGGGAGGAGGCGGUCGGGGUGGUGAGAGAGGCCAAGACCAGGCAGCAGCAGGUCGAGGCUCUGCGUAUGGAGUUGGAGGAGCUGGAGAAGAGCCUCCAGAGCCAGAGACUGCUGAUGGAGCAGUGUUCUGAAGGUAUAUCAAAAAAGAUGUCUACAGUGGAAGAGAAUCAAACGACUGAAUCUGAAACUCAGGCAUCUCUGCAGGAGGCCCGAGGCAGACUGGAGGACGAGAGAGAAGCCGCGAGAGAGAGGAACAAGGAGCUGCAGAGGUACGACGCAGAGCGACGGGAGAGAGAGAAAGAGAAGGCGGGGCACGUUCUGGCGGCCAAGGAGGUGGAGCACCGAGUGACCAAGUUUCAGAAACACACACGAGAAGCCGCGGCCAAGGUGGAGUCUCUUUUGACUCAUUAUGAGUGGAUAGCAACCGACAGGCAGUACUUUGGACAACCCAACACGGCGUAUGACUUCCAGGCCAACGAUCCAAAGGAGGCCAGUCGCAGAAUGGAGAAACUGAAGGAACAGAAGGAGAAGUUGAGCAAGACGGUCAACAUGAGAGCCAUGAACAUGUUGGGAAAGGCAGAGGAGAGGUACAACGACCUGCUGAAGAAGAAGGAGAUAGUAGCCAACGACAAGACAAAGAUUGUGAAACUCAUCGAGGAGCUGGACCAGAAGAAGAACACCACUCUAAAAGAAGCCCACCACAGGGUCAACAGGGACUUUGGCUCCAUAUUCUCGACCCUGCUGCCAGGGACGGAGGCGUGUCUCUCUCCGCCAGAGGGACAGACCGUUCUCGAUGGUCUGGAGGUCAGAGUCGCCUUUGGCGGAGUCUGGAAAGACAGUCUCCAGGAACUCUCCGGGGGUCAAAGGUCUCUGGUGGCGUUGUCUCUCAUUCUCUCCCUCCUUCUCUUCAAACCUGCUCCAGUCUACAUUCUGGACGAGGUCGACGCUGCUCUUGACCUCUCUCACACACAGAACAUAGGGCAGAUGUUGAGAAGUCAUUUUCCGCAGUUCCCAGUUCAUCGUGGUGUCCCUCAAAGACGGAAUGUUCAACAAUGCCAACGUUCUCUUCAAGACAAAGUUUGUCGACGGAGUAUCAACUGUAACAAGGUACGUGAACCCUCCCCCAGCUGCCACUACUCGUGAGAGAGACACUGAGAAAAAGUCAAGUAGGAAACAGAAGAGGGUCAGACUGGGUCCAGUGGCCACACCCACCAAAUGAACUUUGACAAACUUUUCAUCUUCAAACAAGCUUUUCUUACUAACCAUCACUAGAUUGAACAUUCCAUUGCCUCCACUCUUAUAAUCUGUGCUGGAAAGUUUUCUUACAUGGAUGACAAUAAAAUGUACUUUCCCACUCGACUUCUUGCUAUGAGGUGGUUUCUGGGAAACUGAGAAUAUCCACGUGCUUUGUUUGCUUAGUGUGCAACACAUUAACACUUCUUGUCAAAAGGUUUGCAUUUGUUUUCCCAUCAUCCUGGGUUUUUCAUGCUGAUCUGAACAUGCAUGCACCACGGAUCA